CCAAAAAAAUAACACACAACGCCGCCCGUCUGUCCAGCCACGGCGAACAACACAGUGAAAGAGAAGAGAGACACACCGCAUCUGCGGUCAGCAGCUCACCCUCACCGCCCCGCCAAACCAUCGUUCCCCGUCAUCAUGAUAGCGGAAAUCGGGAAGAAGGUUCUGCUGCCCGGGCACGUCAGGUCGCGCGGCGAGUCGUCUGGUAGUAAUCGGAGUAGUGUCGAUGAGGGGAGCGUUGGGGGAACGGAGGAUGAGAGCACGCUGGUGGAGCCGGAACAGGGGAAUGUUCUGUCGCAUAUUAUUUCGCAGUUGAGGCCGGGGGCGGAUUUGAGUCGGGUGGUGCUGCCGACGUUUAUUUUGGAGCCGAGGAGCAUGUUGGAGAGGAUUACGAAUUUUAUGGCGCACCCGGAGACGCUGUUGCCGAUGGCUGAGAUUGAGGACCCGGAGGAGAGGUUUGUGUCGGUGGUGAAGUUUUAUUUGAGUGGAUGGCACAUCAAACCACCGGGCGUUAAGAAACCACUUAAUCCGAUUCUCGGCGAGACGUUUACCUGUGCCUGGGAAUACCCUGACGACACGAAGGGCUACUACAUCUCCGAGCAGACGUCCCACCACCCGCCGAAGUCGAGCUAUUUCUUCAUGGCGCCAGAGCAUGGGAUACACAUCGAUGGGUGCUUGAAGCCGCGAAGCAGGUUUUUGGGAAACUCGGCGGCGAGCUUGAUGGAGGGCAUUGCUAUACUGCGGCUUACAAACCAUGGGGGGCCAAAGGGGGAGAAAUACAUCCUCACCCAGCCGAACAUGUACGCAAGGGGCAUCCUCUUCGGGAAGAUGAAGUACGAGCUCGGCGACCACAGCUUCGUGCGCUGUCCCGAGCUCGGGCUCACAGCCGACAUCGAGUUCAAGACGAAAGGCUACUUCACGGGCUCCUACAACGCGAUCGGCGGGACGAUCAAGAACGACAAGACCGGGGAAGUGCUGUACGAGCUGAGCGGGAUGUGGACUGGCGAGAUGGACAUCAAGAACGUAGCGACGGGCAAGAAGGAGGUCCUCUUCGACGCUCUGAAGACGAAGCCAACCCCCCCGCUCGUGAGGCCGCUCGAGGAGCAAGGCGAGAGGGAGAGCCAGAAGCUGUGGCAUCGCACUGCGCAGGCGGUGAUCGCGAGGAACCAUGAGGUCGCGACGGAUGAGAAGACCGCGGUGGAGGAUAUGCAGCGGAGGGAGGCAGCGGCCAGGUUGGCGGAUGGGGUGGAGUGGCGGCCGAGGUACUUUAGGGAGGUGCGCACUGGGCCGGGGGAGUCGGAGGAGGGCGAGGAGGGCUUGGAUUGGAUCUUGAAUGCUGAUAUUGACGGCGCCACUCCGGCGGAAAAGGCCAAGCAAAUCUUGGCGGUUAUCCCUAUCCUGCCAGGACAGAAUUUCGAGGAGCCCAUGCCGAUCCCGCCGUCGCGGAUGUCGCGAGAAUCGGCGCGCGGAGGCAGGCUGCAGGACUUGCAAGCGUUGGAUGAUCCGUUAGCUGUUGGUGUGUCGGAGUCGAGGGUUCCGGUCCCACCGCAAGUGGUGAAUACCAACGCCCCGGGGGACGACCUCAUAGACUUCGGACAGGAUGGAACUCCUGCGCCGGUGCAGGCUCCUGUUCAAGGGGCUCCUGUCUAUUCAAGGGCACCUGUACCCCCACCUGCUGCUGUUCAUGGGGUUGUCCACCCAACGGCAUAUGCACCCGUACCUGUUACCGCUCAAGGUGCUCCUAUCCACCCAGCGCCAUAUGCUCCCGUACCUGCUACCGCUCAAGGAGGUCCUGUCUAUCCAACGCAACACGUACCACUACCUGCUGACUUGUUAGCAGCGCAGGUAGAGCAGGGCGGGCGGGCGCAGAGACAGAUGGAGUCGACGCUUGUCGAGACAGCCACGGGUGACAGUGGGAAGCCAGGGUCUCAAAGCCCACUGCUUGAUUUCCAUAAAGACCUGAACCAGUCUCUCAGACGGAUUGAUUCGGACACGAGAGGCAUUGAUGAGUUUAUCGAUGCUGAGGGCUAGGUGGGAGGAAGAGGAAGGUAGGAGGUGGCUGGUGGAUAUAGUAGGGGUUUGCGGGGCUUGGACGGUAGCAUGUUAGACUGUGCUGUCAGCACGGUAAUAGGUAGGACAGCUAAUCAGGGGGGAUGGGACCAUGGAUAUAAUCGACAUGCAGGCGUUUGUCGGGCUUUCGGCAUUGCAUGCAAAUGCUCGAGGUUUAUGAGCGGGUCAGCGAGGGGGCAUAGAAGACCAAGUUUCGCUGACCGCUCGCAAAGAACACAGACAGGUUCGCUGCUUUAUCACUGCAUGUCACUUCAACGUGAUGCCAGCCCUGUGAAUGAGGGCCCAGGGGUUGAGUGACUGGGCCAUGAAAAUGUCGCAUCAUCUGUGCGGAAAAGUAAUAGGGGCAGGGGGAGGGGAAAAGCCACAAGGCUCGCUGUUUAAACUUUGCAAAUCGUAAUUUUUUUUCCAUAUCCCUUUUGAGUUUUUUUUCUCUCUCCUCCGUUAUUUGUCCUAAACCUCUGCUAUCUGCUGCCCGUAAUUGUAUUUGUACAAAAUCGUACAUGCAAUCCCAUGCUCCGUAGAUUCAACCCGGUCCUCUAAACGCCGAAACAAAACGCUGCCGUGUAUCCGCUGAGCAUCAUGCGGCCCGAAAGCUCAGCAGGGCUCAAGCCAUUGUCCCUUCCUUUCCUACA